AACUAGUUAUAAAAUCUAGUUUUGUUGUUGUGGGUGUGGUUAAAGCUAUAAAAAUCAAGAUGGUGUUUUCAUCUGCAGCAGCUAUGGCCUUUGUAAAGAAUACCAUCCAUCAUAUGAAACCGAUCAAAGGGCUUUGUUUGGGCUUUUUGAUCACAUGGUAUCUUAUCUACAAGAUACCAAUCACAGAAGAGGCAAAGGCAAAAUCAAAAUAUUUGCAUCCUGACUUAGGAGACAAGCAUUGAAGUAGCUAUUUAUCAGGACCGAUGAUUAUAAUGUUACUGUUACAAUAAUAGAUGUAGUAAUAAUAGAUCUUACAAAAACUAUUAUUAAUUUAUUAGUUAACUUAGACUAUUAACUUACAAUUACUUCAUUAUAAAGUUUUGUUAUAUUCUUUUUUGCUUGGGGAGUGGUUGAUGACUUGAUGGGUGUGAGUGUGAAAGAGAAACAUGGCUGCCAGAAGUGCUGGUGUAUUAACUGGUACAAUGUGAAUAAUGAUGUACGUGUUUUGAAUUAUGACACACAGUUAGUGAUAGAUGCUCUAAAGGUGAGGCUAAUGAUACAAGUGGACCAAACCUCGUGAGACUAAUAAACUCAUCAAACAAUGUACAGCAGAUGUUAAAAUGAUAAAAUGUUGAUAACUACAAUAAUAUAUAAACAUAAAACGACACAACGUAGUAUUUUUAAUCACAAGUUCUUCACAAGGUUAGGUUUUAAUGAUGUACUAACAAAGUGUGUUCCUGACGAGGCAGAAUUGAUUGAAGCUGCUUUGUUGGAUUGGGCUGAUAGAGCAGGUCUGAGUCUGGUUCUUACAACAGGCGGAACAGGUUUCAGUCCUAGAGACGUGACACCAGAAGCUACUAAAAAGGUAAUAGAAAGAGAUGCACCAGGUCUGUCCAUAGCAAUGAUCACAAAAUCAUUAGAAGUUACACCAAUGGCAAUGCUCUCUAGGUUAACCUCUGGAAUCAGGAGGUCGACUUUAAUUAUUAAUCUACCAGGAAGCAAGAAAGGAGCUGAGGAAUGCUUCAAUUUUGCUCUUCCUUCUCUCUCUCACGCUUUAGAUUUGAUUUCUGAUGUUUCUUCACGUGUUGAUCAUACCCAUAACUCAAUGCAGGUGCAUGGCGGUCACACCUGUGGCCAUGGCAAGUAUCAUUCCACCACUAAAACUAUUGGAAGAACAAAAGAGGAUUUCUAUCCAGUUGCUAUGAGACCCAGACAGUCCCCAUAUCCUCUACUAUCAGUACAUGAAGCACUUCAAGUUGUAAUGGAGAAGAUUCCAGAACAACAGUCAACGGAACUGAGAAACCUAGAAGAUGCUCUUGAUCGUGUACUGGGAGAGAGCAUCAUUGCUAGUCAACCUUUCCCUCCCUUUCCAGCUUCUAUAAAAGAUGGAUACGCUGUCAUCAGUAGUGAUAGUUCAACUGAAAGAGAUGUACUUGCACCUGUCACUGCAGGAGAAUCUCCUCAGUCUGGACAAUGUGUCCUCAUUGGAACAGUCGCUCGUAUUACAACUGGUGCACCGUUACCGGGUGGAGCUGACGCCGUUGUUAUGGUAGAGAACACUGAGCUACUGGCCAGCUCUGAUGAUGGAACGGUUGAGAAGAAAAUAAAAAUUUUAUCUAAUGUCCAGUCUGGUGAAGAUGUCAGAUCUGUUGGUUCUGACAUUGCUAAAGGAGAGACCGUCCUAGAGAGAGGGACAGUGCUAGGACCUUCUGAGCUAGGAUUAGCUGCCUCAGUUGGAAUGGAAAGGAUAAAUGUCUUCAAGACUCCAUUAGUUGCUGUAAUGUCAACUGGUAAUGAGGUUGUUGAUCCAGGGAGUAAUCUUGCUCCAGGACAGAUUUAUGAUAGUAAUCGUCACGUACUACUAGCAGCUGUAAGAAAGAAUGGGUUUAAAGGGUUGGAUAUUGGAAUAGCUCCUGACACGAGGGAGAAGUUAGUAGAGAAGAUUGCAGCUGGUCUUGAAAAAGCUGACGUCCUAGUUACCUCUGGUGGAGUAUCAAUGGGAGAGAAAGAUCUUCUUAAGCCAGUUUUAGUAAAAGAUUUCUCAGCUAAUAUUCAUUUUGGGAGGGUCUUUAUGAAACCAGGGAAACCUACUACAUUUGCUACUGUAGAGAGAAAUGGGAAACUCAAACUGAUAUUUGCAUUACCAGGUAAUCCUGUGUCUUCCACAGUUACAUUCCAGCUGUUUGUACUGCCUGCUUUGAGGAAACUAGCUGGUCAUCCUAACCCUUCAUCAGUCACCAUAAAAGCUCAACUAAAGUCCAGAGUGAGCCUUGACCCAAGACCAGAGUAUCAACGUGUUGUGAUAUCUGACUGGUCCACUGUACCACCCACUGUAGAGUCCACUGGUCUACAGAGGAGCAGUCGUCUAUUGAGCAUGAGAGGUGCUACUGGUCUAGCGGUACUGCCUCCCAUGGAUGAGGGAGGGAAGACUGGAAUGGAACCUGGAGAAAUUAUUGAUUUGAUUUUAAUGUGAAUAAUUUUUGUUAGAAUAAAAAUAAGUGAACUUUCUUAUGCAAAA